AAACUUUCAAGACAUGCCCCACUAGCUGCGACAUCUAGUGACAAAAUUUAGCGGGCUUUUUUCCUCUGGACCUAAUGCGAUUGCUGAAGGAAUAAAACAGUGCUAUUUGCUGAGAUUUCUCAAGAUCAUCAGUUUUGUUGACCAUCUGGGAAGAAUUCAUCUGUGCCAUUGGCAAGCUGGUGAUCAGGACUUGAAAAGUAAUAUAAAAAGAUGGCUUCCACUUGCAUCUGACAAGAGAGGGCCCGAAACAAGCAAAAUCUUUAUAAGGUGCACAUCAAUGAGCUGAAGACGAGAUGGCGUCGAGUUCAGUGACAGAAAGAGCAAAUGCUUUGCCAUCCCUGAAUGUUGUUCUGUGUGGAAGUGUCGGCACAUUAAAAGCCUCUAUAUCAGACCUGAUCGUGAAUCAGAAUGAGAGCAGAUCAGAGACAGAAGAUCAGGAGAUCAGAAGAGAGUAUGUGAGGUUAGAGGCGUGCGGUCAUCUCAUCACUCUGGUGGAUCUUCCAGCUCUGUUUAACCCUCGACUCUCAGAAGAGGAAGUGAUGCGUCAGGCUCUCCGCUGUGUGUCUCUCUGUCAUCCUGGAGUUCAUGUUUUUCUCUUCAUCAUCGCUGAUGGACCACUGACUGAUGAAGACAAAGCAGAAUCAGAGCAGAUCCAGAGAAUAUUCAGCUCAAGAAUCAACAACCACACAAUGCUUCUCAGAAUCCAGAAAUCAGAGCACAGCACAGAAGAACUGAAUGAUGCACUGAAGUCUGCCAUUCAGAGGUUUGGAGGAAGACAUGAGUUUCUGGAUCUUACCACACAAGUGUCCAUGUUGAUGGAGAAACUGGUGCAGACGAUGGAAGACAACAGCAGAAGUUAUUACUCAACAGAUACAUUUUGGGAUGCACAGCUGGAGAAACUUCUGAAACUUGGAGAGAUGAACAAGAAACACAUGCAAACACAAGGUACAGAUGUAAGAGAAGGUUCAGAUGAUGUGAGGAUUGUCCUGCUGGGAAAAACUGGAGUUGGAAAGAGUGCAGCAGCAAACACCAUCUUAGGAAGAGAAGCUUUUAUAACAGACAUAUCUCAUGAGUCCGUUACUAAAGAGUGUCAGAGAGAGAGAACUGAAGUGAACAGCAGACACAUCACUGUGAUCGACACUCCAGGACUGUUCAAUACUGAAUUGAGUCAUGAAGAGAUCCAGACAGAAAUGACCAACUGUAUCUCAAUGACACUGCCAGGACCACAUGUGUUCAUUAUUGUGUUGAGUUUAGCACAACGCUUCACUAAAGAAGAGACAGAAUCAGUCAAGAUCAUCCAAGAGACUUUUGGUGAAAACUCUUUAAUGCACAACAUGGUGCUCUUCACCAGAGGAGAUGAUCUUAAAAAUAAAACCAUUGAAGAGUACCUGAAGAACACCAGAACUCCUUUACAGAACCUCAUAGAACAGUGUGGAAACAGAUAUCAUGUGUUCAAUAAUACUGAGACUGAAGACCAAACACAAGUUUCUGCUCUACUGGAGAAAAUAGACGCCAUGGUGAAAGAAAACGGAGGGAGUUACUACUCAAGUAAAAUAUUCAGACAGAUGGAGCGAGACAAACAAGAGAAACAAAUAAAGACACUGACGGACAGAAUUGAACAACUGAGCAGAGAGAAAGAAGAAGAGAUAGAGAGAAUGAAGAUGAUGAGGAUGAAAGAAAAACAGAACCAUGAGCGAGAGAAGAAGAAAAUAGAAGAGGAAUUCAGAGAGAAAGAAGAAAGAUAUAAAGGAGAAAUGAAGCAAGACGAAGAACAGAUGGAACUUGAUGACUAUGAGAACACUAAAACUGAGAAAGAGGGGAAAGAAAGAGAGAAAGAUCUUCAGUUAAAACAUAAAACAGAAAUAGAGAGAAUGAGGAUGAUGAUGGAGGAAGAAAAACAGAACCAUGAGCAGGAGAAAAAGAAAAUGGAAGAACAGUUUAGUGAAAAUGAAAAACAAUACAGAGAAAAGAUCAAAGAAAUCGAGAUGACGAAAACCCAGGAACAAGAGCAACUAAUGAGAGAACUUGAGGAAACACAGAAACGGAUGCAUGAGGAUGAAAGAAAGAGAGCGGAAGAUAAACAAAACUGGAGAGAAAAACAGGAGAUGCUUGAAAAAUUGAUCCAGAAUGAGCAACGUCAGAGAGAAGAACAAUGUAAAAAUGAUGAGGAGAAAAUUCAGCUGAUUAAACAACAGCAUCAAGAUGAACUCAUGAGAGUAAAACCAGCGGAUUAUGAAGACGACAGAAGAAGAGACAUAGAGAACAUAAAACUGUGCUGCUCUCAGACAACUUCAUGUCUACAGAGAGAUGAAGCUGAACCAAAAAACUACGAAAACCUCAAAACACUCUUUACUAGACUAGGUUUGACAAACAUAUAUGAGGAUCAAAUCAAAACAGAAGACGUUCUUCAAAUCAGCAUGUUUUCACUUCAGGCUCAGGAGCCACAGAAUGAGACUGAACUGGUGAACUCAUUCCUACAAAAACUGUUGAACACGAACUACAGAGCAAGAGACAAUCUCAUAAAACACAGAGAAGAGGAUUCAGAGAUUGACAGUGAUAUUCACCCGAUGGAUGUUCAGAUGGCUGUGUUUCAUUGUGCUGAUAGUUUCCUAAAGCAGCUGAUGGUCACUAAACUCUCUCAGUGUCAGUUUGCUCUUCCUCUGCUUGUUCCUGAUCCAUUCACACAACACAUUGAGUUUCCUCUCUGGACAUUCAGACAGGUCAACAAGAGCUGGAGGAUCAGAAAUACUGACAAUAAAAUGACCAGUCAAACCCAACCGGUGUGCAAAGCAGAAACUCCGAUGGUGUCGUUCUUCAGGUUUGGUUCUGUGUGUUCAUCUAAAUCUCAGCUGAUGAACAGUCUGAUCAAUGAGAAACACAACACCUUCUUCCAUAGAAACUGUUCAGGCAGCAGCAGAAGCAGAUUACUGAUGGAUGGAGUGGUGGAGAUCGCCUGGUACUGUCCAUCUGGAAAAAACACAGAUAAAUUCACUGAAUGUGUUGCGUUCUGUAAUCUUCAUGGUGAUGCAGGAGUCAGUGAGACACAAUAUGAGAUUUUAACCAGCAUGUCUUCAGUCAAUGUCCUCUUCUUACCUGACUUUGGACAGAAGAACCAGUAUAAGGGUUUGGUGAGAUCACUCUUCAGAUCUCCUCAGCCUCUUAUCUGUCUGCUCACAGAGAAUGAGUGUCAAAAAACUCAACUGGCAGAUGGAAAAUUCAUGAUUGGUCUUUUGAACAAAAAUCAAUCAGAUCUAUCUAAACAGAUAAGAGAGACUAUCAGAGUCAGUCUGACAGAACACAAGAGGACUUUUAAACUGGAAGAUGUGUCCAAACACACAGGAAUUGAAGUAGAUGAGAAGAAUCCAGAGUGUCAGAGAGGAAAAGAAGCAGCACUUCAGAUCAUGAGAUUACUGGAUAAUAAAGAUCCAUCAACAGUGAAAGAAACAAACCUGCCGUGUCAGGGAAAACUCUGGCAUGACUGGUGUGAAGUCAACAAAGAGCUCCAUCACUUAAGAGGAGAAAAUAUAGAAGAAGAGAAAAGUACCAAAUUAAAGCUGAUGAGAGAAAUAAGAGAAAAGCAAACAGAACAAGGAUCACGUCAGUUUAUGAGGACAUUUUUUGAAGAACCGAGAUCACUGAAAACCAAUGAAACAAACUUUUUCCUGAAAUGGAUGAUUCAUCUGUUGGAUGACUUCAUGUCACAUAAGCUUUGUGAACUUCAUAAGGAAUAUGAUGUGAAAUGGAAUGAAGUUUUAGCUUUAAAAAAGAUGCCUGAUGAACUAGAGCAACUGCAGACGGAAGAAACAAACCUUGAGAAAAUAUCAGAACAAAUCAACAGAACAGCAUUUGGACUGGAGCACAUUAUGAGAGAGGUCGGUCAGAUCUAUGAAUCAUGGUCAUCUGUGAACAAGAACACAGAUUUCUCUUCUCUCACGAGUCUCGCAGCAGAGAUGAUGAUGUCUGGAUUUCCACUGGAGCUGAUGGAUGGAGACGCUGCUCAUGUUCCUCUGAUGUGGGUUUCUGCUGUUCUAGAUGAGCUCAUAAAGAAUCUGGGAGAUCAGAGAGUUUUUGUUCUGUCAGUUUUAGGGAUUCAGAGUUCUGGGAAAUCCACUCUGUUGAACGCCAUGUUUGGACUUGAGUUUGCUGUCAGCGCCGGCCGCUGCACCAGAGGAGCUUUCAUGCAGCUGCUGAAAGUGUCUGAAGACAUUAAAGAUCAGAUGAAGUUUGAUUAUAUUCUGGUUGUUGAUACUGAGGGUCUUCGUGCACCAGAACUGGAUGGAAGAUCAACCAGAUAUCGUGAUAAUGAAUUGGCCACAUUUGUUGUUGGUCUUGGAAAUCUGACAUUGAUCAACAUCUUUGGAGAAAACCCGUCUGACAUGAAGGACAUUCUUCAGAUUGUUGUCCAGGCCUUCUUGAGGAUGAAGGAGGUGAGACUGAAUCCCAGCUGUAUGUUUGUUCAUCAGAACGUUUCAGACGUCACAGCUGGAGAUAAAAACACGGAGGGAAGGAGACGACUGCUGGAGACACUGGAUGAGAUGACAAAACUCGCUGCUAAAGUAGAAGUCUGUGAUGCUGAAUGUUUCAGUGAUGUCAUUGCAUUUGAUGUUCAGAAUGAUGUGAAAUAUUUUGCUCAACUGUGGGAGGGAAGCCCACCCAUGGCACCACCAAACCCAAACUACUGUGAGAAUGUUCAAGAGCUGAAAGAAUCUAUUUUAAGACAUGUUUCAAACUCAGACGGCAUGAUGCUGACACACCUAAGAGGACGUAUUGAAGAUCUCUGGAAGGCUUUACUGAACGAACAGUUUGUGUUCAGCUUCAAGAAUUCUCUGGAAAUCGCAACUUACAGGAAGAUUGAGACAGAAUACAGUAAGUGGAGCUGGAGUCUUAGAAGCGCCAUGCUGGAAAUUGAGAACAAACUACACAACAGAAUAGACAAUCAAGCGGUUCAUGAAGUUGAGGAAACUGAUCUUAAGAGACAACUUCAGGCAAAAAGUGAAGAAGUGAAAAAAACAAUGUCAGAAUUCUUUGAGAAAGACAGAGAUGCAGGAAUACAGAACCAGUGGAAAGCUUCUUUUGAAAUAAAAAUCAAAGAGCUUCAGGAAAACAUUGUGAGGGAGACGAGGAAGAAGUUAAAUCAGGUUCUUCAGCAGCGAGACCUGAAGAAAAAGAUUGAUGCUCAGAGGACACAACAUGAAAACAAUCUGUUUGAAAAGAGCAAAGAACUUGCCUUGACACUUAAAGACAAAGCAAAUGAUGAAAAUAUAAUGAAACAAGAGUUUGAAUGCUUUUGGAGAGAUCAGGUGGAUGUAAUUACCAAAGACACUCCUUCAGUCAAAAACACGGAUGUGUUAAAAGAUGUGACAGAUCACUUCAGAAACAACUAUGAAAGUCUCCAGGAAGACAUGAAAAUAUGCAGAGAGUUAAUUGACAUGUUUUCUCUGCCAAGUUAUUCAGAUUAUGUGCAGUUAAAGAAAUCCAGUGGAAUAACUGGACCUAUUAAAAAUGCCUUAAAAAAGGGAAAAGAGAUAUUUGGCCAUGCUUUAUCUACAGAGGAUGAAGUCCAGAUAAGAACUUUAAUCAAUGAAAUUGCUGAGCAGACACAGAGAAUGAUUCAGUCAUUUAACAUUGCAAAGAUGGGCUACAACAUCAGCUACAUCCAACAACUUGUGGAUCACAUAAAGACAACAUUAACAGAUCAUGAAAAACAGCCAAAAGUGAAGUAUGUGUUCAGGGGAGAAUUCUUCAGAGAUUUAGUACAGUCCAUUUGUCAGAAAGCAAACCAGACAAUCACUGAUCAACACAGAAUGUUCAGAAAAGCCCAUGAUCCUGUUCUCUAUUCUGAAGGUAAGAAAGAAGAGUACUACAGGACCUUCCAGAAAUACUGUCAAGGAUCAACAUCAGCUGCCAUUACUGGUGAAUUUAUCUGUAAUAAACUGAAAGAGACCAUCGAGCAGAAUGUCUACAAAACAACUGCCAGAGAUGUAUCAGAUGAAAUGAAGACAAACUGUGAAUCACUGAAUGGAAACAGAUCAAAACUGGAGAAACACAUCCUGACAGAGCUGGCUAGAACAGAGGAUUUUAACACAUACAUGAUCUACAUUUACAAUCCUAGAGAAAUCUUUAAACGUUUCAUCAGAGCUGAAGUCAGUCGGUACAUCACUGAAAGAUUUCAUGACAGUGUGAAACCUAAGAUGGAAAAUAACAUCACACAGCUGCAGAAGAAGAUCAUAAACGCAACACGUGAGUCCACCAGACAUGUUCAAGAGAUCAAUGGAGAUGUUCAUUCAUGGUUUGAUCAGUUCACACACCUGCUGUCUGAUGUGCUGCUGUUCUCUGUAAGUGACCUCAGUGGAGUGAAUAUUGAUGAUGUUGAUCUCACCGUCCUACAAGAUGUGAUGAUAAAAGAAAUCCCUUCUAUAAUGAAGAACAUGCGCAGUAGAUUCACUAGAGAAACAUUUCCAGUGAAGCUGGACUAUCCAGACAGACCAGAUGAGAUUCUGAUUGGUCAUUUCUGUCAGUGCUGUUGGGUUCAGUGUCCUUUCUGUGCUGCCAUCUGCACCAACACCAUAGAAAACCAUGAUGGAGAUCACAGCGUUCCUUUCCAUCGUAAUAUUGGACUGAAUGGCUGGUAUUACAGAGGAACAACAAACCUAUCCAUCAACAUCUGCACAUCAGCAGUAGCUAGUGAUCGAUCUUUUUAUCCAGAUGACUCAGAUGACAAAUGCCCAUGGAAAGAAUACAGAAAAGGAGGUCCUAAAUAUGCUCAGUGGAGUAUCACCCCUGACCUCUCUGAGCUGCCAUACUGGAAAUGGUUUGUGUGCAAAUUCCAGAAGAAUCUUGAAACAUUCUACGAGAAAUCCUUUAAAAGGGGUGGUAGGAUUCCAGAUGAGUGGAGAAAAUACUCUAAAGAGGAAGCUAUUAAGAGUUUGGAUAAUUACAUUUAAUAAAUAAACAAAUAAUGAAACUCAAGGAUCUUCAUGCACAAGACAGUUUGAAAUGAAGUUCUGUUACUCAAGAAGAAGCUCAAAAAAACGGAUUGAAAAGUAUAAAGAUAUAGUUUAAUCAAACAUUUUUAUGCAACAGAAGAAAAACUGAUUAAAACAGGAGAUUCCAGAGAAUCAAAUUCAUAGUCUUAGGACGUUUUCACACAAGGGUUUGUUUCAGAACCUGGUGUGUUUUCUCUCUUGGUUCGGUUCGUUUAGGCAUAUGUGAACACGGCAAUCGCGCUAGGAUCCGCCCCAAAACAAUCACUCCGAGACCGCCUGAACAAGGUGGUCUCGGCCCGAUUGCAAACGAACUCUGGAGCGGUUUGGUAGACGUGUGAAAGCCAUCCGACCAAACGGACCAACGAACCAGACUGUAUCACAAUGUAUGAUGGGUAAUUACGUAAAGUUGCGUGACGCAAAAGGGAUUGUUUUGCUAAUGGCUCCUGUAACAAUGUUCAAAGUAAGGAAGGAAGGAGGCGGGAACCGGCGAACGUUAAAUCAAACUUUUAAUAAAAUAAACAAACAACAAAACGAAAGUAAAGUGCCGACAGCUCCCUCACGGUCGACUGCCGGCCACACACACAUAAUAAAACGUAACAUAAAAUCCAGGCCUGGUUCUCUCGCUGCUGUCGCUCCUUCUUUUAUGAUUCCCGAGCUCCGCCGUGAGAGAUGCGAGACCGGUGCAACGCGUCUUUGAGCGGAAUCCCGGAAAAUAAACAGAUGCACUCUGACCAAUCGAAGGAGAGUUUACUCGCACGUGACUUUUAUUAACAAAGUUUGGUCCGUUUGGAAAUAUUGCCUUGUGAAUGCGAACCGAACUAAAAUAAAUUGCAAUAUUGUAGCGAUUUAACCCCUGGUUUCGGAAAACAAAGCAAUCGAUUCACAUGUGUGAAAACGUGUAUCAUCUGAUAGAUGAUGAAAUUCUGAUUCCAGAUUACAAACAUCUGUGCUGUAUUUCUUAUCUUUAUCUUUAUUCAUUUUGAUAUAUUUCAUUAAUUAGUUAUAUAUUCGUUUAAUUAUAUCAUUCUGUCGUCUAAUUUUAUGUUGGGCGCUGCAUUUGUAUUGUCUUCACAAGUAGAUAUGGGUUUCCAGUGGUAUCAAGGUUUUUGUGAAGCAGUAAAUUUCCACUAUGUUGGUAUAAUAAUACCUGUUGAAUCUGUUUCUAGUCAAUGUCAAAGCAUUGAAGUGCAACUAAGAUUAUUUAAAAAACCCAAUUUCCUGUCACUUCAACCAUGUUUCCUUCCUGUGUUGAAUUAAUCUGUAUCUGCCUCAUUGAUUAAAAGUGUUAACACAACAGUUUCACUGUCUUUGGACACAAUCAUUGUACUGAUGGAGAGAGAUCUAUAGAGACCUAGUGCAAAAACUGGGAAACUGGACUCUCUAAACCCAGUAUAAGUGGGAUCUAAAACUUUUGUCACAGUCGGCAGGAUAUUUAUUCCUUACCAUAUUCUGGUGAUCUUCUGGCAUAGUAAGAAAGAGGCGUACCUGUUGGAUCACAUGAAGAUGUCAACCUUUCCUUGAAAAAACAAAUAGUUCAAUGCAUUAGUAAUAAAUACAUUCUUUGAGAGUUUAAUGUUUAAUGUCAUAUGAUUUUGAAUCACUUUUCAUUGUUGAACUCUUUUUUUAUAAAGGCAUAUGAAACAAACUCUUCUUGUUUCAUUGGUGAUUGACAGUAUGAACACGUUAUGAUCUGGGGAAAAAACAUUUAUAGUGAUAAAUUGGUGACCUGUUGGCUUCUUGUGUAGUCAACUCUCUUUUAUAGCAACCGGUCAGUCCAUUCAGUUCAACUAUCAAAGACUUAUUUGCGUUGAAAUGCCUACAGUAAAUGUGUUCAUUACAUUAGAUGCAGUCCUUAUUUCUGGCUUAAAAAAUCUGCUUUAACAACAACAAACCUUUAAAAGCAUUUGAACAAAGAGUCUGCUGAAGUGAAAAAAACUGAUAACUGGAGCAAACCAAUGACAGGAAGAUAAAGCACAAAGUUACCAGCAAUGAUGUCACUGAUUUAACCGGCAGACGCAUCUUCAGGUCAGGAGACAAACAUCAGGUAUCUCAAAUAUCAUGUGGCUCUUCAUUAUGUUCUUCAUCACUGUGAAGGUGGGUUCCAGGGAGAUUGACAAUAUUAAAACAGUUAAAGUGCAGGAGGGAAACGUCCUCAGUCUCGAUCCACGAGUUGAUGAUUUUAACAAAGACCAUCAAAUAUUGUGGACAUUUUCAAACAGCAAUCAAAGUACUCGCGUGGCCCAGUUGUAUCAUGGGAAAAUGUUUACCCAUUAUGAUAAUAGAUUAAUUGGCAGAGUACAGCUGGAGGAACAGACUGGAGCUUUAAACAUCUCAAACAUCAGCACAGAUGAUUCUGGACUUUACGAAGCACUCAUUAUCAUCAACAAACAGAUCACAAAAAUCAAGUAUAAAGUGGAUGCAUAUGCUCCUGUCUCUGUACCAGUCAUCAGCAGCAGCAGCUCACUGGUUAGCGCGCACCAAUCUCCAGCUUUUCUGUCUCUGUGUCUGCAGGUGCUUCUGUACUGCAAUGUCAAAGAGCUCUCUUCACUGUAAAAAAAACAUUUAAAUGAAUAAACACAAAAUAUCAGUUUCAGCAUCCA